AUUUACAAAUAUUAUAAGAUUUUUUUUAAAUUAAUUUAUUUUGGUACAUUGUCGAUGUCAAAGCUUUUCUUUUUCAUGUAUAAAUGUAAGUAAUAAUUACGAAUUAUAAGUAUAUCACUUGGCCAUGAGAUUCUUCGAUGUAGGUAUAAAGGAGUUUGGGAUGAUGCUUUGGCUUUUUACAAAAAAAAUAAGUAAUGACGUUUUUGAAAGGCGUUUUCUUUUUCUAAUAAAUACAACAUUUACACGUUAAUAAAAUUAAAGAAGAUUUUCCGCCACUAUAUGGAAUCGUUAUCACUUGUUAAUUUAGGAAACAGAAUGAGAUAGCUAUAUCCAACGUUUUAUUCUAUCGGAUGGCACACUGGGGAAUCGAUAAUGAUUCGUUUGCCACUUGUCAGAUCGUCCUUUGUUUUGGUUUAGGAGGCGGUGUUAAAUACGGAGAUUAAACUUUUACUCAUUACUAGUAUACUUAAUUUUCAGGAAUUAAUUUUAAAUAAUUUUUAGAGUAACUACUAUAUUUUCAAAAAUGGACGUGCUACUAACAUUAUUUUACGUAUUAUUUUCAAUUUGUGUGAUAUAUCCACCCACGGAAUUCGUAUCAGCUGGAUUCACCAUCGCUCAGCUAUUUGAAAAUUAUUUGGGUUCGGAAAAUACGAACUUUAUUGGAUAUCAUAUGAAGAGGAUAACGAUAACUGCACUAAUACAUUCUACAUUACCAUUUGGGUAUGUAAUUUGUUUGUGGUGCGGGGGCGAGCGAGGGCCGUGGAUGUUGUCGGCGGCUGUGGGAACAGCUAUGUUACCAAUAAUGAUGUGCUAUAAGAUACUGUGUUGGUGGGAAUACAACAGUACCAAACAUCCCGCUGUGAGGUCGCUGCUAUAUUAUGCCUCUACUGGACAAGAUUGGCGAGUGGUGGCCAACAGCCUUAAUAUUGAAUUUAGAAGUGUUGAUAAAGUGUCCGUACCAUUAACAGCUACAAGUAAAUUUGUAGCCACUGAAACUUGGCUGAUAAAAGUGUCACAAUACAAGUUAAAUAUUGUGAAGCAGGAAGACUGCACACUUGUGGCUACUGCUACGGACAAUCAUAACCUCACACCAUCGGGAGAAGAUGAAAUUCAAUAUGUGAAUAUAGAAGCUAUUCCAUCUGUUGACGAAGUGGAGCGCUUCAUGUUUCGUAUGUCGACAACAGCUCUGAGGGACCUGCAGCAGAGGCUGGCCCACCCCGUAAGGGUGCCCGAGCACAUAUCUCUCUUGCCCACGCUGAUUGAGAGAUUUGUCACAGUGUUCAAGCAGCAUAUUGAACAGAAUCCUAUUUAUUAUGUUGACCAGGAAAUAGAACAGUGCAUCGGUUGUAUGCAGUUUCCAGCGGACGUAAAGAUCACGCGCCGAUGUUUGGCACCUCCACCGCAUUUAGAGGGCGGGCCACAGCAAUGCCAACAGUGUAACUGCAGGGUGCUGUGGUGCGCGGCGUGCAUAGGGCGGUGGUGGGCGACGAGGGCGGCAGGCCCGCAGGAGCAGUGGCUGGCGGGCCGCUGCACGUGCCCCGUGUGCCGCGCGCCCUUUUGCCUGCUGGACGUGUGCCCCGCGCGGCGCACGCCCGACGUCUAGCAUACGCGACCGCGCAGGAGCGGUGUGUGGCUGGCCGCUGCAUUUGCCCCGUGCGCCACUCGCCCUCCUGCCGGCACGACGCGUGCCCCGCGUGCCGCUCGACCCACGUCUAGUGUCCGCGGCUCCGCGAGGGCAGUGGCCGGCUGGCUGCUACACAUGCCCCGUAUGCCGCGCGCCCUUCUGCUUACUCAACGCGUGGUCCGCGCGCCGGACGUCCGAUGCCAAGUGUCUGCGAGUACGCAGGAACAGUGUCCAGUCUAGUUGUCCAACUCUAUUUGUCCAGCUUCACUCACUUCGUCUCAGCACCCGUUAACAGGGUUUUUUAUAAUGAAUUAAUUUAGUGCUGUCGGAACAUUGAACAAUUUUAGAAGGCCGGAUCUCAAUAAAAUCUGUUUUUUUUUAAUUGUAAGGAAAUGAAUUCUCGUUUUUUAUAUUCAUUGAGAAUUGACUACGACAUUAAUAUUUUGUUAUUAUAAUGAUUUAUAACUUGAUACUUACCAAUCUAUUACUAGAAUCUACUGUUGUUGUAGUUACUCAUUUAACGUUUGCUGUUUUUGAACUGAAAUCAGGCGUCAGAUACAAGUAGCUUACAAAGUUUGUGUGAGAUAUCUAUAAAACAGCUAUUUUCUCUGUAAAUAGCUUGAAUAAAAAUCAAUAGGCCCUCUUUAUCUUAGUACAUAAAUUUUCGUAUUUUUAAGUAGACAAUAUUUUUUGUCUCCAUUAUAUUUUCAAUUGUACUGCCAAAAAACUACUCUAUUUGCCCUACCUUGCUUGUUAUGUACAUAAACGUGAAAUAUCUAAAGAGAAUUAUUAACUGAUUCUCAUGUACUGAGUUAUCGUAAUGAUAUUGUAUCUUGUAUUAUUUAUUUUAAUAUAUUGUUUACAUUUAUUGUGGUUUGUGAAAAGAAGGAUAAAUUUAAUAAAUAUAAAUAAUUUAAUUAUUUAAAAAAAGGUAUCGAUAUUUUUAUUUAACUAAACAUCACUAAGCCAGGUCUUGUCAACCAAUUUUAAAAAACUGAAGUUCGUAUACGAAAAAUGUGUUAACGUAGGAAGAUGUAAAGGGUUUUUAAUUUUUUGUAUACAUUAUGUAUUUGUUAUUUGUAUGCUUUUAUACACUGUACAUCAUAAACUCUGUAAAGAUUUUUUUUUAUAUAAAAUCUUUGACUCGGAUACAUUCAAUGAAAUAAUAUUUACAUUAUGUUGUUAGAACUGAAGAUUAUAACUUCUGUCUAUGAUUGUAAGGUGUAACAUUCUAUCGAAGGUAAGUUUUAACAUUAUUCCUAGAUUACGUUAACUAUUUACAUUAACGUUUACUAUUGUAAAAAAUCCGA